CUCUACGACUCUUUGCAUUUUACAAAUUAAAUAGUUCUUAAAAUCCUGCUAUGAAGCAGAGUAUAAUCAUUCUACUAAAAUUUCACUGAAUUCUUCAAAAAGUGAAAAAGUUUAAAUUUGGUAUCUUCAGUGAAUUGAUCUGUUUAUGAAUUGGCUCCUAGUGAAUAGUUCUUGGCAAAUUAGUUUAGAGCCCUCUCUUUCUGCAUGAGAUGAACCAUUAUUUAUUACAGCAUCUGCCCUGGGAAAACCAAGACAAUAAGAGAGGAUAUUGGAAAACAGCUAGGCUAUCUGAGUGUUUAGAAAAGACUGAUUAAUAACACUAAAAAAAUAAAGGUUCUUAUUAGAAGGAAGGCCUGCAAGCCACUGCAUGAGAUUUAAGGAGUAUAGUGCUCAGGCUGGUGAGGUUGGUAUGCCAGGCAGUAUUUUGGGGCUGAAGAGCUGAGUGUAGUUACCAUCUGCAAAAUGGUACGAGUUUAAGUUUACUCAUAAUAGAGGGAAACUGAAAAAUAACAUGGCUUGCUUUGGGAGUUUCUCACUCCAUUUUGUUUUGGUAUUUCAGAAAGGAAAUUCUGAGGCUUUAGACAGUUUGCUACCCACAGAUCUCAUAAAUCAAGCAUUCUUCAUGACCUGGAGCUAUCUUAAGCAGAUCGAAGCUCUGGGCAGCUUGAAUAGUGCUCACACAGAGACUUCCUGCCAGUAACAACCCACAUCUCUUAGCCUAUUUUUUUUGUUUGUUUUUCAAAAAAAGCAGCAGCAAAAUACAUUGUAGGUGCACAUUUUUUGGAAAAAACAAAAGUUCAAAUAUUAUUAAAAUAUUUGGACUUAACAUUUUAUGGCUACUCAGAAGUAACCAUCAACUUCACAUGUAUCUCCAAGCAAAAAAUUAACCAUUAAGUGUAAAUGGAUGCUGAGUGGGCCAGAUCUUUCGAACACCUUGGUUAUAUGGUGUUUUGUGUGGGAUACUAAUUUUCUGAGAUUUGUACGAAGGAUUUUGUAAAAUGCUUAAACUUAUCAUUAACUUUACCCUUGAGCUUCUGAGCUUCUUAAAGUCAAUACCCAUGUCUAAUUUAUAUUUGCUGUGCUAUUACAUCUAGCACAAAAUUUAUUGUACAUAGAAGAUGCCUAAAGUUUAUUUUUAAUGAAUACAUACAUGAAAUGUCUGUCAUGGAACUAUCUGUUUUCCUUGUAUUUGUACUGCUAUUUUGCCCAUUAACUAAAGGAUAUGGAUGGUAAGCCUUGUCUAUGUCUCUGUUGUUCUAAUGAAGAUGCCCUUUUUCCUUUAUAUCCAACCUUUGUGCACUAAAAUCCUCUUUCCCCACAGUUUCACAGAAUACUAGAUUCAUUUUUUAGCCCUUUUCUUAUCUGUAACCUUCUUUGCUAUAAAGUGGAGGGAAAAUGUUUAAUGAUUUUAAAAGUUUAAACGUUUUUCUUUGCUAUUAGACUUGAAGUGAAUGUCAGAGCUGAGAGGGCCCUGCAAGACUACUCUUCAGCCCUUUUGUUUUACUCAUGAAAAACUCAGAAUUCUAAUUACUUUCUCACUGUAACUCAUACCAUGCUAUUUUGUAAUUGCUUGUUUAAUUGUAGGCAUUUCUAGCUACACUUUAAACUCAGUGGGUAUAGGGACCACAUCUAUCUUACUUAAUGCUAUGUUUCUGACACAGCACAGUGCUUAGAAGAGAAUGGGCGUUCAGUUAAUGGUUCAGUUAUGAAUAAAUAAAUAAAUGAAUCAAGACUGGUGAAGGGAGUUGCUCAAAGUCAUGUGACCGUGUAGUGGGCAGCCCAUAGCUGCUGAAUCCCAGUUAAGCUCAUUAGAAGUCAGAGCUUUGUAAUCUACUCCACCAUCCUGGAAAGAGUAAAGGUCAGGGGAAAUGGCUAAUUUUCUUAAGUGUUUGUUAAACUGUGCAACUUAUACAUUUCCACAUGUUGGCUUUCAGUAUACAGGAGACUGCUGUAUAGGAAAGCAGCUGAACAAGGAAAUGCAGAGGAUAUGCUACUCUUAUUUUUGCCUGGAAACCUUUUCAAAAGAAACAGUUUUACUUUUAAAAGCAGCGAAACUUCAUCUUAGGAAAAGAAAUUUUCCCCAAUUGCAAUAGAAUUUUUAAUCCUUUUUUAAAAUUUUAACUUUCCACAGUAUACCAGCAUAUUAUUCUUAUUUUUAAAUUUAAUGUUUCUGAAGUCCUGAGUGCCCCAGCUAUCAAAAACUCCGCUUAGGAUUCAGUUCAUUAAUGUGAGGGCUCAGACUCUUGAGGUACUUAGAAACAAGGACUGUUGAUACUGGACAUUUGCUAAUUCAGAGUCUUCCAGAAUCAUUAUGACCUUUUCAGCUUCAUCCUUAGUUUUUCUGGUCUACUGUUGACCUCCAUUAAUGGUCCCAAAUCUGCCUGUUUUGCAGAAAAUAAGAAGUGUGCAUGCUCACAGAAACGGUUGUUACCUGAUGAUCUUGGAGUUUAACAGUGUGGGUCAUUGGUGUCUUUUAGGUUCCCCAGCAGUACCUAUGUUAACCUUUUGACUGCAUGGUAAAUUGCUUUGCUUAUGUAUGAACUUAGGUUAUUUGUAGUGAAGUCAGAAUUUAAACCAUAUUGAGAGAGAAUGGGAAAUGACUGGAAAGGAAGAGCUGUCAAAUCAGCGUGUGGCUGUUCUUGUUCUAUGCCAUUCUAUUAAAAUAUUUUUAUACUUUUUUGGAACAUAUGAAAUGAUAUGUUUAUGUCUUGCUUGACAUUUACCAAAAAUACAUGUAAAUGGAAAUGCUCUCAUUCAUUUGAAACAUGUCAUUUUAACACUUAGGAUUCGUGCUACCUGCCAGAAAGGUGUUUUGCUACUUAGGUAGCAUCAGGUAGAUGAAUUGGAAAUGUAGACUUCCAUCUGGUUAGCACUUUUGUUAUUGUUUUGUGUUUGUUUUGUUUUAGGUCCCAUAUCAUGAAAUAUUAGUCUUAGCAUUCACCAGUUUUAGGAGAGACACUGCUGAUCCUGUAACAUGGAGGAUUGUCUUCAUACCUCAUCUGAGAAUCUGUCCAAAUUGGUCAGCUGGGCCCACAGCCAUGGGACUAUUUGCAGCCUCAUUCCAAACCUGAAACACUUGCUUUCUGAAGGUUCCCAUGGGAACCUGACAGCAAUGUGGGGCUGUAGUGCUGGCCAUGCCUACCACUGGCCACUAACGGCUACUUGCAGAGCUGGGUCCCAAGAGCGGGUCUGUUUCCAGGAUAACAGAAGUUUUAACUCUGAUAGUCCCAGCAUAAUUGGGGUGCCCUCUGAGACACAGACUAGCCCUGUUGAAAGGUACCCUGGGCGACCAGUGAAAGCAAAGCUAGACUGUAACCGGACCAGAGACUCUUGUGACUUCUCCUAUUGUAGUGAGCCCUCUGAACUGGAUGAAGCUGUUGAAGAAUAUGAAGAUGAAAACACCCUGUUUGACAUGGUUUGUGAGUCUUCUGUUACAGAUGAGGAUAGUGACUUUGAACCCCAGACCCAAAGGCCUCAAAGCAUUGCUCGCAAAAGACCUGGGAUAGUCCCAUCUUCCCUCCAUUCAAGCUCCCAGGCGCAGAUGGUUGACGAAUGCAGCAAUGAUGUCAUCAUUAAGAAAAUCAAACAAGAGAUCCCCGAAGAUUAUUACAUUGUGGCAAAUGCAGAACUGACGGGAGGGGUAGACGGACCAGCCCUGUCCUUGACACAGAUGGCAAAACCCAAGCCUCAGACUCAUGCCGGUCCCUCCUGUGUAGGGUCUGCUAAACUGAUUCCCCACGUAACAUCUGCCAUCAGCACAGAGCUAGACCCACACGGUAUGUCUGCAUCCCCCUCUGUGAUCUCCAGACCAGUUGUCCAGAAGACUGCUAGGGUAUCUCUGGCUUCGCCAAACAGAGGACCCCCUGGUAGCCAUGGUGCCAACCAACAGGUGGCUAUGCAAAUGCCUGUGAGCACAUCCCAUCCUAACAAACAGAUCAGUAUCCCCUUGUCUGCCCUGCAGCUGCCUGGACAGGAUGAGCAAGUUGCUUCUGAAGAGUUCCUGUCCCAUCUGCCCAGCCAGGUCUCCUCCUGUGAGGUAGCCCUUUCUCCCUCAGUUAACACAGAGCCAGAAGUGAGCUCCAGUCAGCAGCAGCCCCCAGUCGCUCCGGCCAUAACCACUGAGGCCACAGCACAGUGCAUACCAGACCAGGAUGAAAGAGCAGCUGAGCUCAGCAGGGAGCAGAACGAGAAAACCAUCCGGAGCACGCAGACCGCGCUCCGCAAUUUCCGUGAGUUCCUCAUCUCCAAGUAUCCUUCUGAAACAAGAGAGAUUUAUGUCAUCCCUUGCAAGGAAUUGGAUGCCUACCUUGCCUCUUUCUUUGUUGACGCCAGGCAGAAGGAUGGGUCCGAAUACGAACCCAACAGCUUGGCCAAUUAUCAGUGUGGGCUCGAAAGGUACCUAAAAGAACACAGGUAUGGCUACAGUAUCACCAGAGAUAAGGAAUUCAAGCGUUCCCAAGAGGCCCUGAAGCAGAAGCAAAUUGAACUCCGCUGCAAAGGAAAAGGAAAUAAGCCACACAAGUCCAUGAAGCUCACCUUUGCUGACGAGCUCAUCCUGCGGAAAAGGGGAUUGCUAAGCCGAUAUAAUCCUGAGGGUUUACUCAACCUAGUCUGGCUCAACAACACAAAAGCUUUUGGGCAUUGCACAGGCUUCCAUGGAUCUACCUUAAAAUGGGGUGAUAUCCGGCUCCGGGUAACAGAGACGGGUCUGGAGUACUUGGAGUGGAUGGGUCAGGACACUGGGGACCUGAAUGCCAAAACCAAGAGAGGGGGGACAGACUCCCGUGUGUAUGCUACCCAGCAUGCCCCGCAGACCUGCCCCGUCCAGGACUAUAAGGAGUAUGCCCAGCGGCGGCCUCCUGCCAUGCGCUAUGAGGAUGCCCCUUUCUACUUAUCCAUCAAGCCAGUCGUGAACUUGGCGGCUCUGCAUUGGUACAACUGCCAGGCCCUUGGCAAGAACAAGCUGGCCAAGAUGGUGAAGACCAUGUGUGAGAAGGGCAACAUCCCUGGCAGGAAAACCAACUUCAGUGUGUAUCAGAGCUGCAGCACGUUGUCUGAGGCCCAGAGCAAUCAGCUGGUGCUGAUCUGUAACAAUCUGAGCCAGCAGGCUGCCCAGUCAGUGGCUGGGCACUCCAACAAUGGCAAUUUCAUCGUCUCCGCCUCCUAUGACUCUUCCUCAGACACCGCUUGACCAGGUGGCUUGAGCAAGACUCCUGUUUGGUUACCGCAUCCAGAGAAACUGUGAUUAUACAGUGCUUCUCGUUCCCCUUCCUCUGCCCUCAGUGUUAAUUAACUUUAUAAAAAUAUAAAUAUAUAAUAUAUUUUUCUUUUUACAAAUAAACCAAUGGAGAUAAUUUAGUAUUACUAACAUAGUAUUUAUAGGCUUAAGGCAGAUGUACUUGUGGGUGAUCAAAUGUAGUUACUGUUACAGACUUUACAAAACCAUACAUGGUUCUCAGGCAACAUAAAGUAGAGACUUCUGUUUUUUAGAAACUGUCGAAAAGGAAAUUGAAAGUCAUCCUAGACUUAGAUGCUUGUGUCCUCAAUUCCUGCUUUUCCUUCCCACCCCAACUCCCAUUUGUUGUCUCCUUAAUAAAUGGCUUUAUUUUUUUAAUUUUUAAAAUUAUAUAUUAAUCAAGAGGAGACAUUAACUUCACUGCUUACACAAAACUGUAUUCAGCUAGAUCCAGAAUUAUAAAAGUGUUGUAUAAACUCAACAUUAAAUUAUUUACAUGUUCUCUUUUUUAACUUGAUUAGAGUUUUAGCUCCUGUGCCUCAUUUUUUUACAAUGUACGAAAAUCUAGAUGUUUAGCUAACAUCUUUUUUUGGCGGGGGAAGGGUAGAAGGAGGGAAUGAAGGUGCCAUUCUUUUAGGGAGGUACGUAAUUUUAAAAUAAUAUGCAAAGUCUAAUAUUGUGGCUAAAAGGACUGUUACAUAGCUCAUUUUAACUACUGUGCUUGAACCUGGAUAGAAUUUUUUUUUUGUCCCUAAGAAAUGGAUAUAAAUGAAGUUUGACAAGAAAUUUAAACCUACCAAGGCUUUGAAAAUGUUGCCAAGCAUUAGAUUGCAUAUAAAGAGAAGGUAAAGGGUGGAAAGUCUUACUAAAAAUCUAGAAGCAGUAGUCAAGACAACAAAAAAACUCUUCGUCUUCAAAGUUCAUAUUCCCCAAAUUAUUUAUAUAGAAUCAUUAAACAGUCUCUUUUCUCCUGGGGCAAGGAGAGGUAUUUGACUCUGUAGUUGAAAUCAAAGGAAUAUUGACACUCUUGAAAAUGUGCAAGAUUCUUCUGUAGUAAAUAUAAAUGCAUUUAUCUAUGAUAUCCUGCAAUUAUUAUAAUAAUUUUGGUUAAACAUUUGUGGCAGUUUUUCCAAACUCUUUGUUUUCAAGUCUUGAAGCCCGUGGUGAAUUAUUAGUUAAGAUACUUCAAAAAUAAAAUUAAUUUAGACAUUAGAACCACAAGAAAGCUGAGCUAGGUUCCUAUCCUGUGUAACCAGCAACACACAUCAAUUCCAAAUCUUGGUUGUUUCACUGGACCUGAGAAUUCUAUUGGGAGAUAUUUAUUCUUCAAGGCAACCUCAUAAUUCACAUUAGCUAGAAAGGUAGGUGGUAUUUUGUACACUAAUUUGGUAUAUAAGCAGAACGACUUCCAUUCUGAAUUGCUUUGCUAAAUCAUCACAGAGCUAAGCUCUCCCAUGGUCAGGGAACUCCUUCCAACACCAAGUCAUAACCAUGUAAAGACCUAUUCCUCUAAGCUGUGACCUUUCAUUUGGCUCAGGAGUGGGAAGUCGGCCGUGGACUUUGUGUGGUGCAAUUAACCUCAUUCUCAUGGCUUUUCCUCCAUAGAAAAGCAUUUAUUUAUACAUCCAAAAACAAGAAGAAAGGGCAGAGAAUGUCUUGCUUUAUGUUUUUGUAUUGAUGAUGAUGAGAGCUGCCAUUUUUGAGCUAGCAUGCAUGCCAGCACUGUGCCGAGUCACUUACAUGCAUCACAUAUGUAAGUCAUAGUUACUAAUCGUAAAAAUAUAUAUAGGAAAAUACAGAUAAGGAUAAAGAAAACAAAAUACAUACUCAUAAAUCUUCUAGCCAAAGAUAACUACUGUUAACAUUUGGCAAAUAUUUCUUCAGAUAUAUUUCAGUACUUACAUAUUUAUUUCUAUAUACAUUGUCUUAAUCUUGCAACUUUGAAGAGGUGAGUUAUCUUCAUUUUAUGGUCAGGUCAAAAUAAGUCAAUUAGAUCAUAGCUAAAGAAAUGGUACUAUGUCAUUUUACUCCAGAGUUUUUUCCUAUUUACCUUUCUCAGGACCAGCUCAUAAAUUAAUUUUCAGUGGUUUGAGCCAGAGCUGGGGACACAGUAUCUUAAAAUCUCUGAAGGAAGGCUGAUGAAAAGGAAUCCUGAGUGAUCUUUCAUGGUGGCACCAUGUCCUUUAGUCCUCUCCCACGCCCAUACAUUUGGAACCACAGAGCCUCUUUCUCCCACUUCUCUACAAAACCUUCCUUCUCUCCUUACUCUGUAGCUAGUCCUUACUGCAUCAGACAGCCUACUUAGGGAACUCUUUAAAAAAAUAGUUAUUUUUAUGUGGUUACCGCUCAUGUUUGAAAAAAGAUCUCUGUGAAACACUUAAAAUGUUAUGGUGCAUUUAAUUUUUAAUUGACAUAGUUUCUAAAUUUUUGAUAUGUUUCUGACAGCACGGGAAGUUUGUCUUAAGGAAGAAAAGUAGUCAGUAUGCACUGAGAAAGCAGAACUAGAAAAUGUCAGUUCCCUAUCUUUGUUUAUUGAAAUACUAAAAUUAAAAUCUUUGUCCUGCUUAAUCACUUUGCAUUUUCAGGUAGAAUAACACAAAUUGAGAAUGUGAAUUAUUUUUAUUUAUUUAUAUUUUUCUGUGAUAACUCAAACCAAAAUAGGAACAUCGUGACUUUCAGUUUCAGAAAACUGUUUUCUGAAUAAUGGCUUGGUAGAAGCAUAGCCAAAUUACAGUAUCUGUCUUUGUUUGUUUGUUUGACUAGAGACAGGGUGGGGGUCUUGCUCUGUCACCCAGGCUGUAGUGCAGAGGUACAGUCAUAGCUCACUGUAGCCUCAAACUCCUGGGCUCAAGAAAUCCUCCAGCCUUGGCCUCCCAAGUAGCUGGAACUACAGGCGCAUGCCAUCAUGCUCAGCUAAUUUUUUGUAGAGAUGAGGUCUCACUGUGUUGUCUAGGCUGGCCUCGAACUCCUAGCUUCAAGAGAUCCUCCUGCCUUGGCCUCCCAAAGUGCUGGUGUUAUCUCUUGGAGUUAAUUAUAUUAUGAAAAAUCACAACUACCUCUAAAUUUUGUGUUUUUAUCUAAAUGAUACUGCCAGAUGCCAUUUUUAUCAUUUGGAAUAUUAACUUAAGAAAAAAAUCAUGUUCGUGCUGUGGCAGAGGCAAAUGUCAAAAUUGCACAUAUACUUUAGCAAAAAAUCAACAGUCCAGCAGGUAUUCACUACAACUGAAUGUGCUGCUGUUUCAGGCAAUCCUGUGGCUCAGAUAAAGUCAUUAUUUGCAGUGCUUAUACUUUAAGAUCAAUGCAAUGUCAUGUAAGAAACUCUCCAGUGUUCCUCACGUGACUGAAAGUUUUGCACUGUCUACAGCAAAAGCACUGAACCAGUCUGUCAACAUUUGGAUGACAUAGCUGCAUAAUCUUUCUACCAUAUUCAUGUGAGUGACUAUUGAAAACCAUAGAUGCUAGCAAUUAAAAAAAAAACUAUAAUGUUUGAAAAAGUUAGACAUAGUCAGGAUAUUUAUCCAAGACAGCUUAUUCUAAGAUUCCAUUUGAUAUCAUGGUUAUUUAGGGUGUGUCUGAAUAUAACUUAUAAAUAUUUAUCAACAACUUUGGUUUUUCAAUUAGAUUAUUGUUAGCUGAAACUUUCAUAGCAUUUACUUGUCUAAGUCAUAAGGCUUAGCUUCCAGAUGCCAUGAAAUCAAUGACUAUUGAGAUGAAAAUUUGUAGUCACAUCAACAAAUAUUUAUUGAACAGCUAGGGUCCAAACUGGGAGGGGUAUAAAGAUACAUGAAAUAGUUCCUGCUCUCAAAGAAUUUAUAAAAGACAUUGUAAUAAAAGUUACUCCAUUUUUGAGAGCCCAGCAAAAGAUUCUAUGCUAACACUAUUUUGCAUAGUUUUCCAAACUUUGUACUCAUGCAAUUUAUGCAUUAUUUUUUCAUUGAAUAUGUUGGUUUGCUGCAGAAUCCAUACAUAAUGCCUCUUUGAGUAGUUUGUGGAGAAUCUUCUUUAGAGCCUCUUUUAAAAUCAAUAAAGUGAAGUCAUUUCUGUACUAUCCAUUGGGUUCACGUAGGUGCACACAUGCAUGUGUCUAUCAUCUCUUAAGCACUGACAAUGUGCUAUUAUUGUAUUGAGUAUAAGUUGUUUCACUUAAUUCUCACAAUAGUCCUAUUAGGUAAGUAUUAUUAUUUCUCUUUUAUAAUUGAGGAAAUCAGAGAAGUCAAAUGUUUUGCCCAUGUCACAGUUAAUAUAUAAGAGCAUCCGUAUCUGAAAUUAGAUCUAGAUCCCAUUAAGCACUCUCUUUUUCUGCUAUAGCUGCUUGUUCAAGAAGUAUUGCUGUGCUUCUGUAGACCCUUUGAAGUUAUAAAUUAUAAAUGAAAUCCCAGGUGUAAUAAAGUCAUCAAUAUUAAUUCAGCUCUACCUUGAUUGAAAUCAGAGCCAUCACCAGCACUUUUGUUAGUACAACAUUAUUUAGGCCCCAUUACUAUAGUUAUUUUGAGAUGAGCUAUUAAGCAGUUUGUUUACCCCUGGUUACCAGCAGAGAGCAGAAGUUUUUGUCACUCUUUAAAAAACACCUAACUUUUUCAUGGAGGCAAGUGUGUAUAUGCAUAAGGAAGUAUAUAUUUAAGUGAUUGUCACUUAUUUUUACCCCAGUUAAAGCCAAAACCCCAAUUUCAAGAGAGUCCUUUAUAAUUCAGACGGAAAUGGGAGCGUCUAGGCAGAGAGAAUGCCUAUAAGCCAAUAUUGAUUGCCGUUGACCAGAUACUAAAUAUGAAUUAGAGGUAGACUGUGAACCUAUUCAGAUUUUUUCUGGUUUGACUAUCUGCUUAAUGUGAGACAGACACUUCUCAUCUAAAUCGGCCCUCUUCUGACUGAUUAUCUAUAGGAAAAGUAUAUUUUGAUCCUUAUUUCUCUAGCCAAAAUAAAGCUGUAAAACUAAGCAUCUGUAAAUAAAAAUUCUCUCCCAUAUGAUAGAAGAAAUAAAUGUCUAAGCCUAGGGAGGAAAGUCAAGGGGAACAUAUAAUUUCUUGCAGCAAGAUAUCUUUUAAAGGGUUCAUUCAUUAAAAAAUAGUUAUAAGUAUUGAAGAAUUAGCAAGUUCUCUACCAGUUUAAUAAAUGUUUCCUAAACACAAUUGUAUUAUGCAAGCUAUGUCUCUGUACAUCUACCAUAUGAUAUGAUACAGAUAGACAGUGAUCAGUUAAGAAAUGCACUUUGGUAAGGGCAUCCUCAAUUGUUUUUUGUUUAAUGCAUGGUAUUCAGACAUUGCUUUCCCUUCCCACUUGAAUCUGGCUGAGAUGAUAUUGAGUGCAUAGUCUUUCGUAAAGCAAAGUGAUGAAGCUAGGAUAAUUUUAGAGCUCCUUGCCAUCAAAUAGAACUGGAAUAAAGAAAUACAUUGCAAAUAUCCUGUUGGGAGUUGGUAUAUUUCUAGUACAGCCACAGGAUUAUGGCUUUAUCUGAGCCACAAUCUGAUAUAACAACAGAAAAGAAGGGAUGAUGUUGACAGAGUACCAAGAACUCUAACUUUACUUUUCUAAACAGAAGGGGGAGACAUUUAACAUUUCUCAUGGUGCAACCUGUUUAUAAAUUGACCACUGGGCCUGCCAAAACUGAGCAAAAGCUUGAUAAUUAUGUUUUUUUUUAAAGAUGGCAUUUUAAUACACUUAAAUUGAGUUCUUAAGUAAACAAUGACCUUUGUGAAUUAGAACCAGAGUAUUAAUUAGGUCAGAGUCCCAGUUUGAUUAGAAUAUUAAUUAGGUCUGAGUAUUAAUGUAAACCAUUGUCUUUGUUGAAUUAUUUGUCAUAGAGGCAGGAUCUGGAACAGACCCAAGAGCUCAUCUAGCCCAGUGAUUUUUAGUGCUGUGAAGAGUAGGGGUCACCAUGUCCUCAUGGAGGUGGGGAGGGCAAGGAGAUAGAAAUAGCCAAGAGAACACAACCUCAAACAAAUUCCCCAGAAGUCUCAUGUUUCUUACCCCCUACUCUCCUUCUUUGAGACUCACUAGGCGGACUGAGCUACUGUUACCUCUAGAAUGCAUCCUUUAGGUGUGCUAGCUGGAAAAUAAAAUUGGAAACAUCUAAUCCACCUUUUCAUUUAUUUAUUUUUUUUAUGUGAGACGGUCUCGCUUAUUGCCCAGGCUGGAGUACAGUAUCAUAAUCACAACUCACUGCAGCCUUGAACUCCUGGGCUCAGGCAAUCCUCCCAACUCUCCAGUAGCUGGGACUGCAGGUUCAUACCACCAUGCCUGACUAAUUUUAAAAAUUUUUCAUAGACAUGGGAUCUCACUGUACUGCCCAGGCUGGUCUCAAACUCCUGGACUCAAGUAAUUCCCCUACCUCCACCUCCCAAAGUGCUAGGAUUACAGGCACGAACCACUGCUCUGGCCUAAUCCAUCCUUCUUUUGCAGAAGAGGAAAUAGCCUCAGAGAAAGGAGGUGAAUGCCCAGGUGCUCACACCUUGUUAGGGUGUGAGAUUUCCCUUGUGAGGGUUAAAGCCAGGACUAGAACCAGGCACUGACUUCCUGUCCAUAGGUAGAGUUUAGAGAAGAAAAACAACCCUGUAUUUCUACUUCUUGUUUUCCAAAGUUUAAUUGUUUUUAAAACCCACAAAUUUAUCUUAGGAGUAGAUUCAAGCUGCCAAUUUCCAAUAGGCUGUUUCUGAAUGUGACAUUUCACUUUUCAUUGUGUUAUGUUACAUCUUAGUUUUAGCAACUUUUCUUUUUGGAGUUUAAUAGGAAAAUCUGUAAAUGUAAUUGUUCCUUGAUUCUAACGAACAUCUCUCAGCCUGCCCCAUUUAUAUUUAGUUUUCAAUUAUAGAGGAGAAACAAACUACAGUCAUCAAGAAUGUGAAUUCUAGUUAUAGAUUAUGAACAAGACAGUAUAUUUUUGUUUAACUUGAUAAUUCACUUGGAUAUCCACCUACAUAGCGUCUAUACUGCUGGUUCUAAAUUCAUCCCACAAUAUCUUUUAGCCUAUGGCAAGUUUUAAAAACCAUAUUUAAAGUUUUGGGACAUAUUCUCAAUCAGAGGAUCAGUUUUCUAUCAACAUAAUUAGGAUGCUUCUGAAGUAAAUUUAUUUAGAUAUAGUAAAAGGGGAAAAUGGUAACUAAGGAAUGAGGAGGCCUACAGUAAGUAGAUGUAGAAACAUAGACUUACUUAAAUGCAAAUUAUUUGUAUUUCUCAUCUUGCUUACUCUUCUGAAAAGGAACUCAAGCAUAAAUAUUGAAACAUUUCACAAAUUUUUAUUUUAAAAAUCAUAUUUACCAGAUCAUAGUUGAAAAAAGUUCAAAUGUUAGGUGUUUUUUAAAAAGGUACAGUAUGAUUUGUCUUUUUAUGGAAUGUUGAAUUAUGUUCGACUUCUAAUGUUUGUCUUGGUAUUACACUGGAAUUAGCAUUUUUACCAUUAUACAUUCAUUUCAAUAAGAGCUUUGAAAAUUCUUUGGCAUUAUUUAUUUGUUUGUGAUAAGUAGAAUUAGGAAGAUAUCAGCACUAUAGAUUCCUAACAGUAAUUGUGUGUAUUGUAUUUUAGUGAUUUUUAUGUCCAUUUAUUUUCUGUAAUUCUUUUAUAAAUCAAAUACCUUAGUAUACUUCCACUAGAAAUUAAUUUAUAAUUGAUUAUUUAUAUUGGAUGAAGUAGGAGGUCCAUAUUUAGUAUUUACCCACUCAGAUUAACUUUAUCUAACUGAACUUUUAUAUCUAUAAUCCAUUAGAUUGUUACAGCUUUUUAAAUAGCAUUUAUAACAAAAUAACUUGUUUUAUAAAGCAUUUGUUACAAAAAAAAAAAACUUGCCAAAAAUUAUUACCAUUUCUAUGCAUUGUGUAAUAUUCAGUGAUGUUGAGAUUUUGCAUGUUGUAAUAGGUGCUCUUUCAUUUGUGUGUUUGUGGUGUUGAUGUGGAAUUGUUAACCAUUGCUGCUACCACUUACUGUAGUUAAACUGAAAAACUGUGUUAAAAGGCUGUGCCAGUCAACAUUUGUAUGUGUGACUUAAGUAACUAUGUACUUCAUUGUUUAAUAUUUUGAGCCAGCACUUAGUGGCCUCUACAGAAAGAAAUAAUGUAGUUGUCAAAGUGGUGCCAAACUUGAAAAUUUUGUGUCAUAUUUAUAAUUCCAGGCUAGGUCAGCUUCUCUUCGACACUUUCCCAGCUCUUUGAGAGCAAAAAAAUUUGCAAAAAGAGAAAGCAAGAAUUCUGAAUUUUUCUAGUACUUGCCCCUCUAGAAUUUUAAAUAUUUUUUUCUUCUGAUAUUUGAGUAUCUUGCAGAAAAAUCCAAUCGAAUGACAAUAGAGCAGUAGACUUUUCCUUGAUCUGGAUAUUUUUAGGCUGAACAAUGUAAUAGCAGAAGAUUAUGAGGUGCAUACAUUAUUUUUGUUGGUGAUCAUGGCUUAUUGUUUGAAUUUCAUUUAAUAAGCACACUCAGGCCAGACAUGGUAGCUCACACCUGUAAUCCCAGCACUUUGGGAGGCUGAGGCGGGUGGACCACCUGCGAUCAGGAGUCCAAGAUCAGCCUGGCCAACAUGACGAAACCCAGUCUCUACUAAAAACACAAAAAUUAGUUGGGUGUGGUGGCUCACGCCCAUAAUCCCAGCCACUUAGGAAGCUGAGGCAGGAGAAUCGCUUGAGCCUGGCAGGUGGAUGUAGUGAGCUGAGACUGCACCACAGCACUCCAGCCUGGGUGAGGAAGCGAGGCUCCAUCUCAAAAAAAAAAAAAAAAAAAGAAUAUUCAGUAAUUUUAUUUUCUUUAUAAAGAACCAUUGAAACCUCACAGUUCCCACGUGUUAACUUUUACACACAGCAUUUACAUAGACUUACUUAACAUACUUCGUUGCCUUAUGGCCAUCAGGAUUUUGUCAUGCCCACCUGUCUAGUUUGGUACCUGAUGUUUCCAUCUUGCCUCAGCAAUUUCAAACAAACUGAAAGUAAAGAGAAAAUUGUUUCAACAGAUUACUACAUGUUGUUAAGAUGUAAAAUGGGAGAAAUGCCACUAUACUUUUAUUUAUACUCUUAAAAUGAGUAGGGGGAACUGUCAUAAAGCAUUAGGAAGGCUGCCUCCUGAAGAGCCUUUUUACACCAACUUACCAGAACUCCUCACUUGGUGUAGGGUUUCCUUCUGUCAGUUCAAUGGGCUUAUAAUUACAAGAUUCCUUUAAUAAAGGGGUAAUCUCCUGAAUUAUAUGGAAACUUUUUGUGUGACUGUCAGAUAUGUAGCAACAGCCAAUGCUGUAUUUGGACACACUGCUGCUGAAAUUGCUGAUUUAAUUCCAAGACUACUGAAACUAAUUCAUCAAGGCCCCCACCACCUCUGCUUAAAGGAAAACAAAGGCAGAUUUUAACUGUGAGCCUUUUCUCUAGAAUAUGCUUUAGACAUUUGCCCCUCUAUGAGGUAAUAAAGCAAUAAAAAUAAAUUUAAUUAUGUAUGGUCUAAAGAAGUUCUGCCUUUGUCCAGUGGCCUCCAGAGUCACACAAAAGUAUUCCUUGAUUCCUACAUCAGAGGUUUUCAGGCAGAGCCUUUAUACCAAGAAUUCCUUUUAUAUUUUGGACACCAAAGAUUAUGGCAUGAUAUAUCCUGAUGAUUAACAAUUUAGCAGUGGGCACAUUUAUUUGAAUCCUGCUCUUGGAUUUAUUUCCCACCUUUGGGUCUUAUGUACAUUUUGUACUUCUGUCCUGAGGCCUUUUUGCCUAGGGCAGUUUUUAAAUCAAAUACAUAUAUAUUUAGUAGUUUCUAAUUUAUAGCGUUUCCAAUUUCUCCCACAAUUUUAAAUGUUUUCACUGCCAGAGUUAGAUGUAGAUUUGCUAGAUUAGCCCCAUGGUCAGUAAUAGUUUUACCUUUUAUGCUGUAGUCCGCAAAUGUAACUCCAAAUCCAUAGGCCUGAAAUCUGGUGGGAAAAUGAUUGGAAGUGUUUUUGAUUCAACAGACUUACUAUGUAUGAAAAUGAAGAAUUCAUGGCUUAGAACGAAUGCUGUAUUCAAUAAGGCCUUCCAUCCUUCUUAUAAAUCUUAAGAAUGUGUUUAAGGUUUCUUUUACUCUAUCCUUUCGAAGUUAACUGGGAAUAAGAAGCUUUAUCAAUUUAGUCACUAUAAUUUAAGACCAGACAUCUGUGUAGAAAUACAAUAACCACAAGUAAUACUUAGAGAAAACUGUUUCAACAGAUUAACUCUACUAUAUGAAAAAAAUACAGUACUGUUCUUUGAGGAUGCAUUUACUUUUCCCCAAAUUUUAUAGAUUGUUAUUUUUAUAUACAUUUUCUGGCCACUUGGCUUUUAACUGAUUUACGUGAAAAAAGCACGCAUGCCUGUUUUACUCAAAUCAUAUUUAAAAACUUUUUAAAAGCUGCUACAAUUAUAAUUUGUGAGAGAAAGAGGAGAAAGGUGAAUUGAAAAAGAGGGAAAUUCCUGAUACUGUAUCAAAUAUGUGACUGAUGUUUUUGGUCAAAUUAUCUGUUGCCCGUCAAUAUUUGUAAUAAUAACUUUUUUGUUUAGAGUAGUACUCUCUCGGUUUCAUCUUUAUUUUGCUGCUCACUGAUUUUUACACUAAGAUGUUCUCAUUUUUGUCAGUUCACUGUUUUCGCUUCAUAUUUGUCUGCGUACUUGUGCUCUAAAUAAAAAUCUAGUUUUAUGUCUAGUUUAUUCCAUUGCGUGUAUAAUGUUUGCCUCUAAUGUAGUGUAAUUUUCUAUUGUUUUUUAUAUUUGUUGGUACAGCCUAAAACGUAUGGAAAUAAGAAAAGCAAUCCAAUAAAGUCAGCUAAUAAGUGUCAA